GUGCCAAGGAAUAAGCCAAGAAACAGCUUUCUGUAUCCUAGCAUGGCAAAUGAAGAAGAUGAUCCAAUUAUACAAGAGAUUGAUGUGUUCCUGGCCAGAAGUCUACUUGAGAAGCUGUAUCUGUUUCAGUAUCCUAUUCGUCCAGCUUCCAUGACGUAUGAUGAUGUUACACAUCUGUCAGCGAAGAUAAAACCAAAGCAGCAAAAGGUUGAACUGGAAAUGGCCAUUGAUACUUUGAAUCCUAACUACUGUCGCAGCAAAGGAGAACAGAUUGCUCUCAAUGUCGAUGGCACGUGUACAGACGAAACAAGUACCUAUUCCUCGAAGCUGAUGGACAAGCAGACUUUCUGCUCUUCGCAAGCUGCGAGUAAUGUUUCCCGCUAUGCAGCUGCUGUUUAUAAAAAAGGUGAACUUCACCUGACUCCGCUGCAUGGAAUUCUUCAGCUGAGGCCAAGCUUCACCUACUUGGACAAGGCUGAUGCAAAACACCGAGAAAGAGAAGCUGCUAAUGAAGGUGGUGAUUCCUCCCAGGAUGAAGCUGAAGAUGAUGUUAAGCAAAUUACUGUACGAUUCUCCCGCCCUGAGACUGAACAAGCUCGUCAACGACGUGUUCAGUCCUAUGAGUUCCUGCAGAAGAGACAAGCAGAAGAACACUGGGUGCAUCUGCAUUAUUAUGGCUUGAAGGAUAGCCGUUCUGAACAUGAGCGCCAGUAUUUAUUUAGUCAAGGUCAUGGCCUUGCUGAAAACACGGAGUUAAUUAAAUCUCCCAGUGAAUAUUUAAUGAUGCUGAUGCCUCCAAGCAUAGAGGAAGAUAAUGACAAACCAGUGGCUCCAAGCAAUGUGCUGUCUAUGGCCCAGCUGAGAACUUUGCCCCUGGCUGACCAGAUUAAGAUCCUCAUGAAGAAUGUGAAGGUCAUGCCGUUUGCAAAUCUGAUGAGUUUAAUGGGCUCUGGGACUGACUCUACGGCAGUUCUCCGCUGUAUACAGCAGGUGGCAAUGCUGGUCCAGGGAAACUGGGUGGUGAAGAGUGAUGUCCUCUACCCAAAAGAUACUUCUAGUCCACAUAGUGGAGUCCCUGCAGAAGUGCUGUGUAGAGGGAGAGACUUUGUUAUGUGGAAGUUCACACAGGACCGCUGGGUGGUGAGAAAAGAAGUGGCAGCAGUUACAAAGCUUUGCCCCGAAGAUGUGAAAGACUUCCUAGAGCACAUGUCUGUGGCGAGAAUAAACAAAGGUUGGGAGUUCAUGCUCCCUUAUGAUGAAGACUUUGUUAAGAAGCAUCCAGAUAUAGUUCAGAGGCAACAUAUGCUGUGGAUGGGCAUUCAGGCCAAGUUAGAAAAGGUCUAUAAUCUCUUAAAGGAGCAUUUGACACCAAAGAGACAAGAGGCACAAUCAGCUCAUCCGUUGCUGGUUUCUGGGGAGCAAAGGGUCAACAUGGCUAAAGCAAAAGUGAAGCAGAACUAUGGGCAGCUGGAGAAGGACUUCCAGAAGCAAAAGGCAGAGUUGAAAUCAAAUGAGACCUCAGCCAAGAUGGAUGUUUCCAAUAUCCGCAUUAAAGAGGAGCCUGUGAGUGAUGAGGAGGCGAUGGAUACCUCGGCUUAUGAGGGCAUGAACAACGGCAUUACCAACGGUCUCCAUGCAGAGGAGGACUCCACGGACUCAUUGAACGGCCACUUGCCUGGAGGCUGCAUUGACCGGGUAGCCCAAGAACUGAAGGCAUUUGUGUCCUCAACAUUUAAGAAACAAUUUGUACUCACCCUGAGUGAACUUAAACGAUUAUUUAACCUUCACUUAGCCAGUCUGCCUCCAGGACAUACGUUGUUCAGUGGCAUUUCGGACAAAAUGUUACAGGACAUGGUGUUGGACACUGGCUGUAAACAGAUUUUGGUGCCUUUUCCUCCACAGACUGCUGCUUCACCAGAUGAGCUGAAGGUCUAUGCGCUUUGGGAAGCUGGUGACACUUAUGAUCAGCAUCGUCAAGUUUUGCUUGAAAUCUUUUCGAAAAACUACCGAGUGCGCAGGAAUGUCAUCCAGAAUCAGCUGAGCCAGGAAUGUGGGGAGGAUCUAAACAAGCAGGAGGUGGAUAGAGUGUUAAAGGACUGCUGCGUGAGCUACGGUGGCAUGUGGUAUCUUAAGGGGACGGUGCAGUCUUGACAGCGGCGGUGGCAGUUUCAAGCCAUCUCCAGGAAGGAAGAGGAAACCUGCAGCGGGCAGCAGAGAGAGAGCGAUGCCGCGGCCUUGGGAGCGUGGGACAGGAUCCGAC